AGUACUUCUGUAUGCUGUAGCUAACUAGCUAUGGAUAGCACAGUGGACUGAAAGUGUGUGACAGCAAAGUUUGUCUUAGUUUGAUUUAUGAGUCCGGCUACCGUUCAUGUGUAUUUAACAUAUGCCAGGUUACGUCGUGGUUAGCGGGCAGUUGUGUCGCUGAGAGGAGAGGAGUGAAAAGUGUGUGCCAUGGAAAUGAUUUUCUUACCGCUGUCUGAUAGGCCAUGAUAGGCUUAUCAAGUUAUGCAGGGGUUAUGGAAAGUGUAAUGAAUUCUGCUGAAGAACAGCAACCAUCCUCUCCUCUGGCCAACGCAUGGUCCAAAAAACAGGACUCAAGCAAGAAUCAAAAAACAAAAGGUGUUGGUGGAUUUGUUUUAGUGCAUGCAGGAGCAGGAUACCAUUCUGAAUCUAAGGCGAAGGAGUACAAGCAUGUGUGCAAAAGAGCCUGCCAGCGAGCUGUGGACCAGCUCAAAGCUGGGGCACUUGCAGUUGAAGCAGUGGCAGCAGCACUGGUUGAACUUGAGGAUUCUCCUUUUACAAACGCGGGCAUGGGUUCCAACCUUAAUUUGUCUGGAGAAAUUGAAUGUGAUGCAAGCAUCAUGGACGGGAAGUCACUGCAUUAUGGAGCCGUAGGCGCUAUUAGUGGUAUUAAGAACCCAGUGUUAGUUGCAAACCGUCUACUGAGUGAAGCACAGAAAGGGAAACUAUCAGCUGGCAGAAUACCACCCUGCUUUUUAGUGGGGCUAGGAGCACAUGACUGGGCUGUCAGCCAUGGAAUACCACCGUGCCCUUCAGAGAAAAUGGCCACCAAGUUCAGUUUAUCUGCGUACAAGAGGAACAAGAGAAAGAUGGAGCUGGCAGAGAAAAUGGACACGGGACAUAAUCAGACAAAGAAAAGAAGACAAUCAAGUGAAAAUGAAAAUGGUUCAGGGUGUCUUGACACUGUGGGAGCCGUGGUGGUAGACCUGGAAGGGAAUGUAGCUGCAGCGGUGUCCAGCGGAGGCCUGGCCAUGAAACAUUCCGGCAGGGUUGGCCAGGCUGCUCAUUAUGGAUGUGGCUGCUGGGCUGAAAAUGCCUGUAACAUGAACCCUUACUCUACAGCAGUGAGUACCUCAGGUAUACUCCAGCACACUCUCUACAACCGACUUUGCAGCUGUGGAGAGCAUCUGAUUCGCACCAUGCUGGCACGGGAAUGCUCUGCUGCCAUGCAGUCUGAAGAUGCCCACCAAGCACUGUUGGAGGCUAUGCAAAACAAGUUCAUCAGUUCACCCUUUCUGGCCAGCGAGGAUCGUGUUUUGGGUGGAGUAAUUGUCUUGCGGUGCUGCAGAUGUGUGGAGGCUCAGCCUUCUCAAAAUAUUCAGGGUAUACUGGUGGAGUUCCUAUGGAGUCACACCACAGAGAGCAUGUGUGUUGGCUACAUGUCUGCCCAAGAUAGCAAAGCAAAGACACACAUAUCCAGAUUACCACCCGGAACUGUUCCUGGACAGUCUUUGGCCAUCGAGGGAGGAGUGUGUCGACUGAUGAGCAUAGUGGAGUGAGCCACAUUCACCCUUCUUCUGGGCUUCUUCAGCAAUACUCCAAUACAUACCCUUCCACCCACUCGCAAACACACACAUACACCACCCUCAUCGGCCCACCACCUUUUGAUGCCAGAAGUAAUGAGCUUGAGCUGUUUUAACAGGUGUCCAGGAAGGACGGAAGGGUGUUAGCUUCUACUUAGUGCACUUACAGGACUUCCCUUUGCCACUGUCUGCCUCCAGCAUGUACUCUAUGCCAAUUUACCCCCCAGGCUCUCCAGUGUCACCUGGACUAGACUUGAUGCACCAUUUUUUUCUUUGUUACUCUUUUCAAACUAAAAGUGGCAUCCUCUCUUUUGUAUAUAAGCUAUGAUUUAGGAAAACAGGGUGGAUGUUCAUUUCAUUUUGUAUUGCUGAACAGAUGUGACUAUUUUCAAACUUUUAGCAAUUUCAAAUGCAAGACCUUAUUUUGUUCUUAAAAUACUUUUCAUGUUUAAAAAGAUGUCAGAUUGCACCUUGUGGAAUGCCUGCUACUCAACAUAAUUGUUAUGAAUUCAUGUACUCCUGCAGGCCUAUUGUUAUUAAUCCUACAGCAUACUGUAUAAUGUAGCAUAAUGUGCAUCUUAGAAUCUCAUGAUGAAUUUUAUAACCAUUUCAGCCAUAGAAUGCUUUUCUUUGAUUGUUUUUAAAUGUGAAUGCAUAGAUAUUGCAUGUACAAAAUCUACAGUAAGCCACUUUCUGUUCUUUGACAGGCAUAUAUAUAUAUAUAUAUAUAUGUGUGUGUGUAUAUAUAUAUAGUGCUCAGGUAGCAGCAUCUGACCCCACCGCCAAACAUGACUGUUAGUCAUCAUUUAAAGAUAACAAUCUAUAUUUGUAUCGUCACACUGACAGAGACAUGUAUUUUCUUGCUAAAAAAACAGACAGCUAAGAACUAAUUUAUGCAUCAAGCCCAUGAAAUGGUGCUGUUGAGAAUUGUACUUGAAAGGAGAAAUGGCCUGAAUUGAUACUUCUGUUGGGAUAAUCAGUUUCUCUGGUUUUGCUGUUUCACUCAGUUACUACUAAGAGUCUCCACAAAUAUUACUUUACUUGAAAAUGCAACUAAUAUAAAAUGGUAUAAGCUAUGAAAAUGGUAAAUAUGUGCACAUCCGUCUACAGUGCUCAGAAAGUAAAUAAAAUCUAUGUUGCUACA